UGUGUUUGCCUUUAUUUAAAUAUCAUCAGUUAGGCUCAGAUUAUCGAUUUUUCAAGUAGUUUUCAGUGUGAGUUGUGACGAGUCUAACCAAGAAUGAAAUAAAAAUACAUUUCCAGGCGAUUUGGGGGCAUCGGAAUUUUUAUUCGCCUGCCAAGAACGUGGAUGUGAUGGAAUUUUGCACCCAAGCUAGGAUGUUGAAACAGGAGAACUUGGCCGCGAAUUUCUGCGGAUUGCUGUCCGUCAGUGGUUGUAGAGACAUUGCCAUCGAGUGGAGGAUUCUAGGAAAGGAACAGGAUGGAUGCCUGCUGGCAGGUUGGGUUUCGUUCGAUCCGAAGAACCAAACCGAGCAGAGAAGUAAAAUCGGAGUUUACACACCGAAAAGCAAGACGCUACAGAUUGUCUACACGUUUGCUGGUAAGGAGAAUAUCAUCCAGGCUUCGGUGAAUCUGACCAAGACGUUGCUGUUGUACACAACGAAAGAAUCGAAACAGGAAGAGUCCGGCAGAAAGACGGACAUCUACAGAACAUUUCUGGUUGAGAUUAAGGAGAAUGUGGGAGUAGAACCACUUAUGCUGAUGGAAGUGGAUCGGAGCCAUCAGAUGAUGGCGCAGUUUCAGUGGAGAAAUUUAGCUACCUUCGAGAAGAGCCAACAGGACAAAUUUCUGUUGCUGAUUCAUAGCGAACAAGUUCUUUUGUACACGGUAACGAUCAAGAAGCAGAAUGUUGAUGGGAGCGAUGACGAUCUUCUUGGAUGUAGCUCAAAGUUAAAUUAUACUGAUCCAACGGCGUGGUACUUGGACAAAUCUUGCUUAAAAAGUGAAACCAUUACCAAGAGCUUUGUUUGGGCUCAGUGGGAUCCAACCGUGCAAGCUCUUUACUACAUUCAUAUGAAACCGGCACCGAAGACGCUGUUCGAGAAAGACGACGGUUCCGCUGAGAAGAAGAUGAACCCUACACUAUCAGCAUUCCAAUUCCAUGACGAUCUACGCACGGAAACUGUGCUGAACAUUCCACUAAAUUUGCCAAACAUUCCAACAUCCAGUUCUGGGAUGGAAGACAUCUACGAGGACGAUACGGUUCCGCUACGGAUUCACGAUUCAUCCCUCAAUCUGAUUAUCGUCAGCGACCAGAUCGGAAUGCUCUACGUGUGCCACUACUAUCUGUAUCAGCCGAUCAAACAAUCGGACGAAGAAGCAACCACCUCGCAGAACAUUUGCGACGUCCAUUUCGCCUAUUCCGUAACGAUUCUACACCACGGAUGCGUCAUUCACUGUGUAAUUCCAGGAAUUCCUUGGGGGAAGGCCAAAACAUUGAAACCGACCUUCACGCUCCACGGAGACCACCAUAUGCUCGUCUUCCAGGCGGAUCUCUUCAUGCAUCUGCUGGACGUUGGACUGUCACAUGAACCUUGCUGUCAUAUUGUAUGUCCGCCGUUUACGCGACAACCGGUGACUCAUUUGGUACCGUGCUUUGCCACCAACAACAUUUGCUACGAUUCGGCUACGUUGGAUCUGAUUUCGAUUACAAUUCCAAAGGACCAUCUCAUUGAGGCGUUUAGGAACGAUACAUCGAUCGAUAAUAGAUUGGCGAUUGUGCACUACUUCCUGGCGCAUUCCAGUGGCGAUAUUGUGGGAAUCUUUUCGGAGCUUCUAACCAUCAUAAUGGAACGUCCGCUGCACCUAGAUACAGUUCCUCUGCUCAAAGAGGCGCUCAUUUCCGGCUCAUACGCCUCCUCCAAGAAGGGUCUCUCCCAAGACCAACUGGCUCUCUUCCGGUUGCUGCCUCUGACGACCUGCAACACCUCGAAACCCAUUCAAGCUAAAAUAUCUAACCUGACCGUGGGCCUUUCGCAUGAGACUCUCUACAACACCUCGAUGAUGUUGCUCUCUCCACAGCAGCGGUUGUCUCCCUUUCGCAAGGACAUCUGGACCUGCCUGUGGGAACGUUUGAACGACAACAAAGAACGGGAUCGAUUUGCCCAGGAACAAGUAACCGAAAAACUCAUGUAUUCUUUAACCUGCUACCAACCGGAAGCCCUCUCCCGGUGCUCCACUCCAAUGUCCCCCGUUAACCCAAUAAUGAAUAUUGCCGCAGAAUUCUCCGCGGUUAGCAGUCGCCGCAUGCAGAGUAACGAUAUGCUGCCGUUCGUUGAGACGGAAGCAUGCACCGCAAGCAAGCAGGAACUGGUACUGAACGUCAAUCUGAGAGAACUCAGCAUGCAUCUGGUGAAGCACAGCGUCAAAGAGGUCAGUGGCUUCCGCUGGUUGAAAAAUGCAUUUUACGAUAGCAAUCCCGCUCCUUCGCAUGUUCAUGCGGUCGCCACCAGGUACGUUGCAGCCCAGCUUGAACAAUCCAGAGCCCUCUGCGUUCUGGUUUGCAAGACUGCUGGGCUGGAUUUGGCACUGGAACCGGAAAGAGGAUUCGCUUUGGUUGAUCAACUAUCGAGCGACCAGCAGCUAAAGCUCUUCACCCUCCUGGAACGGUACUGCCUGGCAGCGGAAUCCCUGGCAUUUCCUUUUCCGCUAGGUUUCUCAUCGUUCUUCACCUACCUGGGGUAUCGGGCGCUCAGUUUCGACAACUUUAUGCAGUACGUCGAACAUCACGUGUUCGAGCUGCAGAUCGACGUGAUUAAGGUGAUCAUUGCCGACAUAGAUGAUUCCACGGAGGGAGUUCAACGGAAGCUGAGUCUACUGAUGACACUGCCCCGAUCACGGGCCAGAAGGUUGCUGAACAACUGGAACCAUCCGGUCAGCACCAUGCUGAAAGGCCGGGAGCACGCCUUGAACGUUUUGUCUGGGAACUCGGUUUACCUGCGCGGGUACUCGCAGAUGAAGAAACGGGAGUACAAACCGAAAGUCUGCCCUUGCUUCUGCUGCUUUUGGCCCUGCACCGUGCGGUCGCAGAUGGGACCAAAUGUUCCAUAUUCAUCGCCAUUGCCGCUACGAUCACCACGGACCUACGGUCAGCUGAAUACCAUUCCCAUGCACCGAGUUCCGGUGAAUCAUCAGACACCACCAAACACUCCUUCAUCGACAUGUGACUUGUUCGAUCGUCACUCAUCAACGACGCCCUGUGCAUCAUCUAGCCACCGUAGAACUCCUUCACAUACUACGAUUAUCGUUUUAGUUGUUAUUUAUCUUACACUCGUUAUUGCUGUUACGUUCUUUACCUAUUUUUCUAUAGAUAAACAUUUUGUAUAUUUAAUUUCGAAAUGGUACAAAGCUGUUCGAUUUGCAUCAUCCUGAUUCCAUACGUUUCAUUUGCAUGAGCUUUUUCCAGACAAAAUUAUGUUAUCAAAUAAGACUAUCUUCGUAGACAAUACACAUACUGUGAUAG